GCUCGACUGGGCGGGGCGGCGCUGGCCGGCCACCUCCUAUUUCCGCUGGCGGCGCGGCGGCUGGGAGUUUCGGCGGCGAGGCUGCCGAGAUAAGUUGCAUCUGGCUGUGAACGCCCAGCCUUUCUUGGACUGUAAUUCCUUCGCGGACUCCCACCAUGAGUCUCCAGUGGGCGGCCGUGGCCACUUUCCUCUAUGCCGAAGUCCUCCUGGUCUUCCUCCUUUGCAUUCCCUUUAUCUCGGCAACCAGAUGGCAGAAAAUCUUCAAGUCCCGCUUGGUGCGCAUGUUGGUGACCUAUGGGAACACCUUCUUUGUCGUGUUGAUCGUUAUUCUGGUCCUGUUGUUUCUGGAUGCCAUCCGAGAGAUCCGGAAAUACGAUGAUGUGACCGAGAAAGUGAAUCUGCAAAACAACCCUGGGGCUGUGGAGCAUUUUCACAUGAAGCUUUUCCGAGCCCAGCGCAACCUGUACAUUGCUGGCUUCUCGCUCUUGAUGUCCUUCCUGCUCAGGCGCCUGGUGACGCUCAUCUCCCAGCAUGCCACCACGCUGGCCUCCAACGAAGCUUUCAAGAAGCAGGCCGAAGGAGCCAGUGACGCCGCAAAGAAAUACAUGGAGGAGAACGACAAGCUGAAGAAGGAGUUGAAGCUGGCAGGAAUUGAGGUUGGCGAUCUGGACACCAAAGGUGCUGUGACUCAAGAGGAGAACAGAGCACUGGAGGCCGAAGUCAAGAAGCUGAAGGAUGAACUGACUUCCACAAAGAAAGCCUUGGAUAAGGCCGAGAGUGAGGCACUGGCGAUGCGCAAGCAGGCUGAAGGACUGACCAAAGAGUAUGACCGGCUGCUGGACGAACACUCCAAGCUCCAGGCAAUGUGCGAUGGCCCGAAGGACAAAAAGGAGGAGUGAUCCCCAUUUCUGUGGUCCUGGCUAGCUGUCUUCCUGUUUGCUGGUUGCUGUACGUUUCCCCCCCAGGUGUGGGGAUCUACUUGCGCCCCCUCAUUCUGGACACUGGUUAGGGUGUGGGAGCUCAUUCCUCAUUCCCCCCCCCCCCAAGCACGCUAGCUUUUGAGCGGAUGGUUCGAGCCCCUGUGUUUCUUUUUCUUUCCAAGACUAGCUGCGAGUUUACCAGCAUGGAGCUGGGGCUUGAUCCUGCGUCCAGGAAUUUCUUUUUUUUCUCAUAUUUGUUGUGGGGGAAGGAAAAACCAUCCUUUGGGGUGAGGCAGGAGGGGCUGGACUGCUGGAAGUGAGGGUUGUCUGGCUGUUCUCGCAUGUGCUCUCCCCCCCCCAGCAGUUUCUCCUCUCUCAGCUUCCCCCAAACUUCAGACUGUGCUCUGCUCUGUCCAAAGCUUACGAGAGCAUGAAGGGGCACGCUGCAGUGUGCUUACAUGUGCCUGUUGGGUGUGAGGAAAGAUCAGCUUUGUAUGUCUACACCCUCUAAUUUUUUUUAAGUAUAAAGGACAAGGUGUUUGUACAAAGCGGCUCAUUAAAUCUCUGUAACAAAA